GAGUUGUCGUUUUUAUGGGAAGUUUCCGCGUCAACGCGCGCUGUUAAUGACUACAUUUCCCAUCAUGCUCUGCCGCGCUGCCGUCUUCCGCGUGCGUGCCGACUGCAGAGCUCAUCGUUAGAGGGACUCGUGUCGAGUCAUGGAUCCGGCGUGGAGGCAGCGAGGUCGGGGUCGGGGUCAGGGCAGAGGUCAGAUCACUGCCAACCCCUCGACGGCGCGUCCUCCUGGAGCUGUGGGGUCAGAGGUCAGAGGGACGGGCGAGCUGAAAGGUAGCGUAACCUCACGUAGAGUAACGAGAUGCUCGCUCCGAUCAGAUGCCGCUCUCCGGUGUGUCUGUUUCUCUGCAGUGUCGUCUCAGUCCAGGUUCGAGGAGAUCAGGAAGUCUGACCGGGCGGCCGCCCAGCGAUUGGCCACAGAGCCGUACAGCUCUUCCUCUGAGGAUGAGGAUGAGGAUGACGUUAGUGAAGAUGGAGGGAAGCGGGGGAAGAUUCUCCAGUCGGCUCUCUCUCCGUACAGCUCUCACACAGGUGACACUGACGUCCGACUUCUGGAGAAGACACGUCAUUACUUACAUGAAGUGUGUCAGUCUGGAGGAGUCACGUGUCUGAUCUGCAUCGCUUCUGUCAGGAGAACACAGCCCGUGUGGAGUUGUGUGGCCUGUUAUUGUAUUUUCCACAUCACCUGCAUUCAGAAAUGGGCCAAAGACUCCAUCUUCCUGGUGUCCUCAGUGACCGAUGAAGAUUUUGGCAAAAAAGAUCACCCGUGGCCAUGUCCCAAGUGCAGGUAUGAAUACAGUCCUCAUCAGACUCCCACUCGAUAUUACUGCUACUGUGGGAAGGAGGCGGAGCCUGCACCCGACCCCUGGCUCCUCCCACAUUCCUGUGGCCAGGUGUGUGAACGUGAGUUUAAACCAUCAUGUGGACACCGCUGCCUGCUGCUGUGUCAUCCAGGUCCGUGCCCCCCCUGUCCAAAGAUGGUGAGUGUUUCCUGUCUGUGUAGGAAAUCGUCUCGUGUUCCGCGCCGCUGCAGUGCUAAAGCCUGGAGCUGCGCGCAGACCUGCAGACGGACGCUUCCAUGCCAAAUACACACCUGUGCAAACACCUGUCACGCAGGUGACUGUGCGCCGUGUCCGAGGGUCAGUCUGCAGAUGUGUGCAUGUGGCCGGCAGCGGACCGAGAGACCGUGUGCCAGUCCAGAGUGGCACUGCGACCAGGUGUGUGGUCAUCCGCUGUCCUGUGGGAAUCACACAUGUGAGCGUGUGUGUCACACAGGUGUGUGUGGAGAAUGUCCUCGUGCAGGAAACCGAUCCUGUUCCUGUGGCAAGACAAAGAGCGUGUUGCCGUGUACGGUUGAUGUGCCCACCUGUGGAGACACCUGCGGGAAGAAACUGGACUGUGGUUUACACACCUGCUCAAUGCGCUGCCACAGAGGAGCCUGUGAGACCUGCCGACAGGAGGUAGAAAAGACGUGCCGAUGUGGCCGCUACAGCAAACUCAUGCCCUGUCAUAAGGAAUAUCUCUGUGAGUCUAAAUGCAACAAGACACGGGCCUGCAGCCGACACCAGUGCAAGAGAAAGUGUUGUCCAGGGAACUGCCCUCCGUGUGACAUGGGCUGCGGUCGAAUGUUGGGCUGCAGGAACCACAAAUGCCCGUCUGUGUGCCACCAAGGCAGCUGUUAUCCGUGUCCUGAGAUGGUCGAGGUGCGGUGUGAUUGCAGCUUGACUAUGAUCUCUGUGCCCUGCGGGAGAGAGAAAAGCACCAAACCGCCGCGCUGUAAGGAGCUCUGCAGGAAGCUGCCGUCAUGUCAUCACUCAUCUCAGGAGCAGCACCGGUGUCACUUCGGCCCGUGUCCGCCCUGUAAGCAGCCCUGCCAGCGCCCGCUAGCCGGCUGUGUCCACCUCUGUCCGGCCCCGUGUCACGACCAAGUGCUGGUUAAAGCCACUGACCGGGCUCUGCUGGCCGGUCCAUGGGAACAACCCUCAACUCCUGCGUUUGUGAGAAUGGCUCUACCGUGUCCAUCCUGCAUGGUGCCCAUCCCAACAGCCUGUCUGGGAGAACAUGAGGUGAGUCCAGUUCCAUGUCACACUCGUGGGCCGUUUUCCUGCGGCCGGUCAUGUGGACGGAAUUUAGCAUGUGGUAACCAUACAUGCAUUUUGGAGUGCCAUCAUGUGACCGCUGUACCAAACUCAGACAAAACUAAGGCUGGUCAGGAGUGUGAGCAGUGUGAGGAGGGCUGUUCAAAGCCCCGUCCUGCCGGCUGUACCCACCCGUGUGCGCUGGCCUGUCACCUUGGUAACUGCCCUCCCUGUCGGCUGAUGGUCCGUCAGCGCUGCCACUGUAAGAUCUCCAGCCUGUACAUCGAGUGUGUGAAGUUCACAUCUGCAGAUGAACAGGGCAAACAGCUGCUGAGCUCCUGUCAGAAUCAGUGUCCAAAACAGCUGGGAUGUGGGCACCGCUGUAAGCUGCUGUGUCACCCGGGUGAGUGCGAUCAGAGCUGCAGUCAGCGAGUGAAGGUCAAGUGUCCCUGCAAGAGGAUCAAAAAGGAAUUCCCCUGUUCUCGUGUGAGGUCAGAGAAUGACUUGGUCGUGUGUGAUGAGACGUGUCGAGAGUUACAGAAGAAACAUGCAGAGGCUUGUGCAGCAGAGGAAAGAGCCGCGCUGGAGGGAGAAAUGAGAAAACAGCAGGCUGAACUAGAGGCAUUUGAGAAACGACAGAAAGGACGGAGGAAGAAGAACAGGAAAGUCACAGAGAUGGAGACAGAGGAGGGGGUGUGGCACAGAUAUAAGCUCCACCUCCUGUUGGCCAUCUGUGGCAUCCUGUUGGCUGUGGCGGCGUUCUGUCUGCUGCAGCUGACCAAUCAGGAGACGGACAGGCAGAACACCGGACAGUGAACGUACCUCAGCAGCUUCUUGAAUGUGAACAGUAUUUUCUUUUUGUAAACUAAAACUUUCUUUUCACCCUUUAAUUGACUUGCGUAGAUAAUUAGAAUGCUAGCUAAAUGCAUGUCUGCAUAUGAUUAUUUAGACUUCACACAGUGAAGCUGUGAUUUUCUGAUUGACUGUGCCUCACUUUUAUUAAAACUGUGAAGUUAAUUUAAAGUGUCAUGAUUUUAUUUCUAUUAUUAAGAGAACAUGAUUCCAUGAGUGACAUUAAGGUGAUGUAACCUUAUCAACUUUAAAAAUAAAGACUUUGUGUUAGUGAUGUAUG